GGGAGGGUCCGGGCCCUGCCGCUAGCCGCCCUUGAGGGUAUCACCUGGGAGGUUUAUGGCAUUGCGGUUUCCUGUUGAGUCAUCUCCUAAGGCGGAAGGAGGCCUGCAGGGAAUCUUGACCGGGAGGGCUCUUUUCCUGGGGUCGUAAUGUUUGAGACAUCAGGUAUUCGACAUUUGAAGCAACUGGUGUAUCACCGCGGAAACCUCAGCUUCCCUGGGAGUCAGGGCUUAGUAAGCCGCGGCUGCUGUUUGGUAAUCCUUACCUCGCUUUUGUGAGAAUGAAAUGACCUUGGAAAACAGCAGUUGCACACUGAGCCAGUGAAUGACCCUAGGCCUUCACGUGCUGCAGGGGCUCUCAGGAGGAAUGGCGGCCAAGGGCAGCCUGCUUCGGAGCCUCCUGAAUCACCAACCCCAGAUUGUCUGGAGUGGCUGUGCCCUGAGCUCCGUGGUAUUGCUUAGCCUGCUCUGGCAGCGUGGGAUGACAAGGGCUGCCCCUGAGAGCUGCCGCCACCUAUAUACGUCCUCUUGGCGGGCUGACUGCAACAGAGCCUCGCUCACUCGAGUGCACCGGCAGACCUACGCACGCCUCUACCCUAUUCUCCUGGUCAAGCAGGAUGGUUCCACCAUCCACAUCCGCUAUCCAGAGCCGCGUCAGAUGCUCACAAUGCCUGUGGACCUGGACUCCUUGUCCCCAGAGGAAAGGCGUGCACGAUUCCGAAAACGAGAGGGCCAGCUCAAAGAGAAGAAGGAGGAGCCAGAGCUCGCUGACGACUUUGAUGUGGAGCAGUACAAGCAGUUUUGGACCAAAAAGUGAUGGUGCCUGGAAGCUGCUGUGUCCUAGGGAAUGCUGUAAAGCAGGGAGGGGCACGUGUCUUUAAAUCAUGAGUUGAUGAAGCUGUAUCUUGUGAAAAGAUCAAUACAAAGAACAUUCAAAUAACA